AUGUGGCAUUCCACUACUUCCUCCGGUAGCACCGGUAGCGCGCCAGCAGAGCCGAAGAAGGCAACGGCCAAACUAGGUAAACUUACAGCCAAAGCAGUGGUCCAACUGGAGCUCCAGGAAGUCCUGCGUUAUCAGAAAGGUCGGUAUGGCUUGACUGUGCGGGGUACUUGCUACACGUUUGCCCUCAUAGCGGUGAAGGGCGACCAGAAGUGGCACAUUGCAAUUGCCAACUUAGUGAGGCAUUAUGGGACGAGAGGACGGAAGCGCUCCCUUGAAAUGUGUUAUGAGUGUGGCGCUGGUGCUCCAAAUGUGCCCUAUGAGGAUGUGCGCUCUUCUGCAAAGUGGCGACGUACUUGUUACCGAACACGCCCAUGGAUGGAACAGCCGCCCCUGGCGGUUGUUCCAUUUGAAGGUGACCGCGCUGAAUACCUCUACAAAAGAGAUGUUUUCCACAUCAUGCGUUUGGGGCUUCUCCGGCACUGGGUGGGCUCGGCCUUGGUGAGCCUGAUCCAGUGGGGGCAAACCUUUAGCAUUGAAGGAGAGCCAAACAAUGCAGACAUCCAGCUGACCCGCGCCCAUUCCAGUUUCAAGCUGUAUUGUCUUGCAGUGCGCAAAACCCCGGCACUUCGAUCCUUCAGUCGGAAUUUGUUCAAUUGGCCCAACACGAGCACCGCACCUUGGGCCAAUGUGAAAGCCUCAGACUGUGUUCUUCUAGCCAAUUGGUUGGUAUCCUUGCUUCCGAUCUUUGCAGAGGAGCACGAUGAGCGAGAGAGACUCCUAUUGUUGCAAAUGCGAGAUUGCGGUCAGCAUGCUCUGGACUUCUACCAGCACUUGCUGGGGCAUGGCUUGCUCCUUUGUCGUUCCUGUGUUGCGGAAUCGUUGAGGUUGCUUUUUGUGCUCCCGACGGUGCAGUUCUUGCCCGGGAGCGAUCAUGGCCAUGCAGAGGACGAGCUGGAUAUCAUUCCUCUCUUGAGGAGCAACUCGAAGCUCUUUGCGCUCAUUUGUCUCUACACCUUCUCCUGCGCGACCUACAACAUCAGCGGCAUCGCCGUGACGGGCGCGCUGUCCGCGGUGCAUCGAGUGAUGUUGGAGGCAUUGCGAACUCUGAUUGUGUGGGCCUUCGGCUUGUGGGUGCACUACUGCGUGGACUCCACUUCGCUGAUGGGUGAGGUUUGGACGAAGUGGAGCUGGUUGGAGGUCAUGGGUUUCGUGCUGCUCGUGGUGGGGCAAAUGAUCUAUGGCGAGAUGUUGAAGAUUCCGGGCCUUUACUAUCCGCCCCACGAAGAGGUGGAAGAGGUCAUGGCAUCACCGGGAUCCCUGAAGAACCUCUCCUCUCCGGUGCCUCGGACCUUCAGCCCUCGCGGAGCGGAGCAGUAG